AUGGCAGAGAACACGUUAAACUGGUCGGCCCAGCUGGCCGUGGCCCCUCCGCAACGAGGAGGUCCCCGACUGCCUGGCGACAAAAUUACCCUACCCCAAUCCGCCCUCGAACAACUUCUCGCCGCCGCUCCCAUCCUACCGGUCUCCUCGAACCCCCGCGUGCAUACCACCAAUUUCGACCCGUUUAACCCUCACACAUUCGCCGCAGAGUCUCGAGCCCGUGAACAUAUCGAACAACGGCAACAACAGCUCCCGCAUCCGCUCACUUUCCGCGUCGUGAACCCUCAAAAUGGUCGAUUCGUAUAUGCGGGGAUCCGUGAGUUCUCCGCUGCGGAGAACGAAGUCGCGCUGAGCAGCCUCCUACGGGAGUCGCUAGGAAUUCCAGAUGAAGAUUUUAAGAUACAAGUACCGGAGAAUGACGGGAUGGAGGAUAUGGAAGUGGAUGAGACAGAAGGCCAACCGUCAAGAACCGGUCCCGCAGUCACCGUCCAUGCGAAACAGUUGCCCAAGGGCACGUAUGUGCGUCUUCGUCCGCUUGAAGCUGGCUACGACCCCGAGGACUGGAAAGCUCUACUGGAACGACAUUUGAGAGACAAUUUUACGACAUUAACCGUCGGCGAGCUUCUGACCGUUCCCAGCUCGCGCACCGAAUCCUUCCGAUUUCUCCUCGAUAAGGUCUACCCGGAAGGUGAAGGAAUCUGUGUUGUUGAUACGGAUCUCGAGGUCGAUAUUGUUGCUCUCUCGGAAGACCAAGCCCGAGAGACGCUGCAAAAGCGACUAGAGCGUGCUGCGCGGGCACCUGGUACCACGAGUGGAAGCUCGGUUGGUGGUGUCCUCGCCCUUGGGGAGGAUGUGGCGGCUCAGGUCUUGCCGGGGGAGUAUGUGGACUAUGAGCUCCGAGAAUGGAAGCCUGAUGAAACACUUCAGAUUGAGCUCCUAACAGAUGAUCCCACCGUGUCUCUGUUUGUUAGUCCGGUCGGGCCUCGCCAAAGGGGUCGACCUCGGAGAGAUAUGCAUGUUUGGGGCGAUUUCUCAUCGGAUUCGCCCAAAAAAUUGAAGAUUCGACCUACCAAUGUCGCCCUCGAGGCGGCUGAAGCUCUUUAUGUAUCCACCUAUGUUGACAACCAAAGUUCUAAGGUCGAGUUGUCAACCUCCCAACCAUCUCCUGUGAAAUAUCAUUUGCGGAUCUCAACAAAUGAUUCGGAGGAAAAUGGUGAAGAGAACGAGGACGACUUCCACGAGCAAGACGAUGUUCAGUGUCAAAACUGUCGACAAUGGGUUCCCCAGCGGACACUGGUUCUACACGAGAACUUCUGUUUUCGCAACAAUGUUUUCUGUUCCCAGUGCCACAAUGUGUUCCAGAAGCGAUCUCCCGAGUGGCAGAACCACUGGCACUGCCCCCACGACUCCUCACAUGGCAAUGAUGAAUUCAGCAAGGCCAGCCACGAUUCGAUAUUCCAUCGCAACUGCAUAUGUCCAGAUUGCUCUGCUGGAUUCGAAGGACUUCCCGCUCUGGCCCAACACCGGACCAAUGACUGCCCCGGGAAGUUGAUUUUAUGUCAAUUCUGUCAUCUCAUCGUGCCCCAAAAGGGCGAAUCCGACCCAGAUCUACUUGAUCCCGAAGUACUGGUCUCUGGAUUGACCCCCCAUGAGCUUGUUGAUGGUGGCCGCACAACAGAAUGCCAUCUAUGUGGCAAGAUCGUUCGACUCCGUGAUAUGAACACCCAUCUCCGCCAUCACGACCUCCAGCGCGUCUCUCGACCCGCGCCACGCGUAUGCUUGAAUAAAAACUGCGGUCGCACUCUCACCAACACUGGAAACAAAUCCCUCGGUCUGUGUAAUAUAUGCUUCGGGCCACUAUACGUGGACACGCACGACCCAGAAGGCAAGGCCCUUCGGCGCCGCAUUGAACGUCGGUACCUUUCUCAAAUGAUGACUGGAUGCGGCAAACCCUGGUGCCAGAACGACUACUGCAAGACCGGCAUGCAACACAAGGCAGAAUCCGACUCUACCUCUCCACCAGCAAUGAGCGUGCCCGACAUCAUGAAAGUCACGCGUCCUCUCGUCGAUACGCUGAACGUAAAGACCGACGAAUCAAAUACCGCACCGUUCUACUUCUGCACCGACGAAACAGGCCAACACCGCAGGAAUGUUGCCGAAAUGAUACACGCCGAAGGAUCCAUUGGCGGAGAUAAAGUGUAUGAACUUGCCUGGUGCAUUGCCGGUGCCGAAGCGGCUAGUGGGGAUAUCGAAAAGACGCGAGAAUGGCUUGCUAAAUGGGCGCCUGCACAAGGGGAAACGUUUGGAUAG